CGGCUGGAGGUGCUCUCCGGGGAGCAGCUGCCCAAACCGACGCGGGGCCGGAUGCGGAUCCACUCCCUGGAGAACGUGGACAAGGCGCUGCAGUUCCUCAAGGAGCAACGGGUGCACCUGGAGAACGUCGGCUCCCACGACAUCGUGGACGGCAACCACCGCCUCACCCUCGGCCUCAUCUGGACCAUCAUCCUCCGCUUCCAGAUCCAGGUGAUCAAAAUCAAGACCGAAGACAACCGGGAGACGCGCUCGGCCAAGGACGCUCUGCUGCUCUGGUGCCAGAUGAAGACGGCGGGCUACCCCGAGGUGAACAUCCAGAACUUCACCACCAGCUGGAGGGAUGGGUUGGCCUUCAACGCUCUGAUCCACAGACACAGGUCUGCCGUGGGGCAGACGGGGGGCAACCCGGCCGCCUGGGUCCCCUCUGGGGGGCUUCGGGGACUGACGCUUCACCGCCCGCCAGACGUCAACAUGGAGGACCCCGACGAGAAGUCCAUCAUCACCUACGUGGUGUCCUUCUACCACUACUUCUCCAAGAUGAAGGCGCUGGCCGUGGAGGGGAAGCGCAUCGGGAAGGUCCUGGAUCAGGCCAUGGAGAUCGAGGCCAUCAUCGAGCGGUACGAGGCGCUGGCGGCCGAGCUGCUGGCCUGGAUCCAGCACACCAUCACCAUCAUCAGCAACCAGAAGUUCGCCAACUCCCUGACCGGGGUGCAGCAGCAGCUCCAAGCCUUCACCGCCUUCUGCACCCUGGAGAAGCCCGUCAAGUUCCAGGAGAAGGGGAACCUGGAGGUCCUGCUCUUCACCAUCCAGAGCAAGCUACGGGCCAACAACCGUAAGCUCUACGUCCCCAGUGAGGGCAAGAGCAUCUCCGACAUCAACAAGGCUUGGACCUGCCUGGAGAAGGCAGAGCACGAGCGGGAGGUGUUGCUGAGGAACGAGCUGAUCCGGCAGGAGAAGCUGGAGCUGCUGGCCCAACGUUUCGACCACAAGGCUGUCAUGAGGGAGACGUGGCUGAACGAGAACCAACGCCUGGUCUCGCAGGACAACUUUGGCUAUGACCUGCCGGCGGUGGAGGCCGCCAUGAAGAAGCACGAGGCCAUCGAGGCCGACAUCUCCUCCUACCAAGAGCGCAUCCAGGUGGUGGUGGAGCUGGCCCUGGAGAUGGAGUCCGAGGGCUACUACGACACCAAGCGCAUCAGCGCCCAGAAGGACAACAUCCUGCGGCAGUGGGUUCUGCUGGUCUCCAAGGAUUUGGGGAAGCAUCUUCUGGAGGUCGAGGACCUGCUGCAGAAGCACGGGCUGCUGGAGGCUGACAUCUCCGCCCAGACCGAGCGGGUGCAGGCGCUCAACGCUGCCGCGCUCAAGUUCUCGGAGCUGGAGGGCUACCAACCCUGCGACCCCCAGAUCAUCUGCAACCGGGUCAACCACGUCCAGACGUGCCUGGAGGAGCUGGGGGAGCUGGCGGGCAAGAGGCGCAAGGAGCUGGAGGACUCCCGCCAGCUUUGGGCCUUCUUCCAGGAGAUGGAGGAGGCCGAGGCGUGGAUCCGCGAGAAGGAGAAGAUCCUGGCCGCCAAGACGUGCGGCCGGGACCUGAGCAGCGUCUUGACGUUGACCAACAAGCACAAGAGCAUGUUGGGCGAGCUGGGCAGCCGACGGGCGCUGCUCCACCAGACCAUGAAGAGGGGCGAGCAGAUCUUGGCCAAGAAACGUUUCGGGCCCGGUGGGAUCCAGGAGAAGAUGCGGGAGGUUCGCCUCCGCUGGAAGAAGCUGGAGGAGGUGACGGGAUUGCACCAGCAACGCUUGCAGGAGGCCCUCAACUUCUUCCAGUUCAGCGCCGAGACGGACGACCUGGUGGCCUGGUUGCAGGACACCUACCGCAUCGUCUCCAGCGAUGACUUCGGCCACGACGAUUACUCCACCCAAGCUCUCCUGCGGAAGCACCGGGCUGUGGUGGAAGAGGUGGAGAAGCACCGGGCGGCCGUCUUGGCCCUCCGGAAGCAGUUGGCUCUUCUGGCACCCGAGCACCGGCAGGGGGUUGACGUGCAGAUCCGGGUGGUGGAGGUGGAGCAGCUCUACGGGGAGGUGGCCGAGGUGGCCGUGCUGCGGCAGCAGUGGUUGCAGGACGCCUUGGCCGUCUACCGCAUGUUCAGCGAGGUGCACGCCUGCGAGGUCUGGGUGGACGAGAAGGAGCAGUGGUUGGAGAAGAUGGAGGUGCCGGAGGAGCUGGAUGAGGUUGAGGUGGUCCAGCAUAGGUUUGAGAGCCUGGACCAGGAGAUGAACAGCGUCAUGGGACGGAUCUUGGACGUCAACCAAGUGGUGCAGCAGUUGGUGGAUGGGGGCCACCCCAGCUCGGAGGAGGUCCGCUCCUGCCAGGACCACCUCAACAGCAGGUGGAACCGGGUGGUGGAGCUGGUGGAGCGCAAGAAGGGCCAACUGAGCUCCGUCCUGAAGAUCCAGAACUACCUGCUGGAGUGCAGCGAGAUGAAGGAGCAGGUGCGGGAGAAGAGAAAAGCCAUCGAGGCCACGCAAUCGGGCGGCGGCGACCUGGGCGGCGUGUUGGCCCUGCAACGCCGCCUCUCCACCAUGGAGGCGGCUCUGGUGGUCUUGGAACCUCGGUUGGUGGAGCUUCAACAGGAGGGCGAAGCCUUGGCUGCGUCCCACCCCGGGAGAGCCCUGGAGAUCCUCCUGCCCUUCGAGCAGAUCAGCGAGGAGUGGGAGGCCCUGAAGAGGGCGCUGCAAGGUUGCGAGGACUCGUUGACCGUCGCCGGUCGCUUGCAACAGUUCAUCCAAGACCUGGACAACUUCUUGGGUUGGUUGGUGAAGACCCAAGCGGCCGUCGCCUCCGAGGAGGUGCCCGAUAGCUUGACCGAAGCGGAGAGGUUGUUGAACCACCACGCGGCCCUCAAGGAGGAGAUCAACGGCUACGAGGAGGACUACGCCAAGAUCCAGGCGGCCAGCGACCUGCUGGCCUUGGAGGAGACGGAGGUCCCCUACCUCUCGUUGCAGCAGUGGUUGCAGAAGUUGGACGCGGGGUGGGGCAAGCUGCUGCGGAGCUGGGAGACGCGGCGGGAGGUGCUGGUGCAGGCUCACGUCUUCCACCUCUUCCUGCGGGACGUCCAGCAGUGCGAGGCCACCCUCUCCAACCAGGAGUCCACCCUGGUCCACGCCGAGCUCCCGGACACGGUGGAAGGGGUGACCAACGCCAUCAAGAAGCACAAGGACUUCACCACCACCAUGGAGCUCCACCUGCAGAAGAUCCAGCUGGCCCUACAAGCCGGCGAGAGCCUCCAACGUCAAGGCAACCUCUACGGCGACCGCGUGGCCGAGGCGAUGGAGGGUCUCCGUGCCAAAUUGUCCAUGAGCACCCUACAGCUCCUCAAGAAGCACCUCCUGACGGAGCAAACGGUGGAGAACUACGAGGAGACCAUCGCCCAGCUCUCCCGCCAAUGCCGCGCCCUACUGGAGCUUGGCCAUCCUCAAAGCGAACAGGUCAGCAGGCGGCAGUCGCAGGUUGACCGGCUGUACGUGUCUCUGAAGGACCUGGUGGAGGAACGCAAGGCCAAGCUGGAGCAGCAGUAUUGGCUCUACCAGCUCAACCGCGAGGUGGACGAGCUGGAGCACUGGAUCGCCGAGAAGGAGGUGGUGGCCGGCUCGCCGGAGCUGGGACAGGACUUCGAGCACGUCACGGGUCCCGUGUCCUCUCCCAUCCAUGAAACCAAGGAAGUCCUCGCCCAUCUGGAGGACCCAUCUGUCCCAUCCCAAGGACCCAUGUCCUUUCCCACCCAUGAAGCCAAGGACCCCUCUCCUGUCCCAUCCUGGUGGGAAGCACCGGUCCUCUCAGCCCCCGUCCCCACUCGUAGGGACGUCUCCUCGGUGGAGCUGCUGAUGAACGACCACCAAGGUCUCAAGAGUGAGAUCGAAGCCCGCGCCAAGAGCAUCGCCGCCUGCCUGGAGCUGGGCAAGACCCUCAUCCUCAGCAAGAGCCCGGCGGCCGACGAGAUCAAAACCCACGUGGAUAAGCUGCUGGCGAAGAAGAAGGAGAUGACAGAGAAGUGGGACAAGCACUGGGAAUGGCUGCAGCAGAUGCUGGAGGUGCACCAGUUCGCCCAGGAGGCGGUGGUGGCCGACGCUUGGCUGACGGCCCAGGAGCCCCUGCUGAAGAGCCAGGAGCUGGGCAGCAGCGUGGACGAGGUGGAGCAGCUCAUCCGGCGACACGAGGCCUUCCGGAAGGCGGCCGCGGCGUGGGAGGGGAGGUUCAGCUCCCUCCGACGGCUCACCACGAGUGACACCCCCUCCUUGCCCCCCCCAACCUGCCCCCAAAUCUCCACCGACAGCAAAGCCACCCUGGCCGACAUCGUGGAGCAGCUGCAGGAGAAGGAGGCCAGUGGCCCCGUGCCGGCGCCGCACGAGGGCUUCCUCCUCCGCAAGCACGAGCUGGACGGACCCAACAAGAAGGCGUCCAACAGAUCCUGGGUGAACCUCUACUGCGUCCUGAGCAAGGGUGACCUGGGCUUCUACAAGGAUGCCAAGGGCCAAGCGGCCGGCAGCACCCAUGGUGGUGAACCCCUCCUCAACCUCCACAACUCCCACAGCGAGGGGGUGGCCAGCGACUACAAGAAGAAGAAGAACGUCUUCAAGCUCAAGACCAGCGAUGGGAGCGAGUUCCUCCUGCAAGCCAAGGAUGAG